AUGGAGGACUCGGGACAGGUCUUCCUGGCCAUCAUCAGUGCAUUAGGGUCAAUGGUGGUGCUGGUGGUGGCAGUAUUGUUGUGUGGGUGGUGCCUCAAGAAGACAGAUGAUGAUGAUGAUGAUGAACUAGACAGCUCAGACAUUCUAGCACAGAAAUACACCGCUGUGGCGCCUCACGAUUCGGAUGAGUCUGAUGGAGUCCGGGUGCUAAAUAAACGAUCCUGGGAAGCAAGACCCUCCAUGCAUGGCUCACCAAUGCUUGGAAGAGAAAGUGUCAGUAUUCUGAACGGACUACUAGACAGAUUUGAACGUCCCAGCAGUCGGAAUCCAGUGGUAACAGAACAGGUACAGCCGUCCCCCAACGCUCACACGUCCCUUAACGAGAGUCUGGGGAUAAGGAAUGGCACGGAGGCGGGACCACUGAACUAUCAGGCCAUGGGAGGGACACCAACCCACAGGCCACUUAUGAAGAACGAUUCUCAAAGAUCCCAGAGUUCUGAUGACGUCAACAGCAGUUUAUGGAAAGGGAUGAGAAAUAUUGCCUUCACUUUAAUGGAGAAUGCGUCACAAGACGCAGAAGAGGUGGACGCUGCGGCAUCUAUUGAUGUCACGGAAGGCGUUGAUUGUAAACUAGGACGCAUACAGAUAGGAUUAAGUUAUGAUUUUCAGUCUUUAACAUUAACUUUAAAAGUGAUUCAAGCGAAAGACUUGGUGGCCAAGGAUUUCACGGGAACAAGUGACCCUUACGUAAAAAUUUUACUUUUACCUGAUAAAAGACAUAAGUUAGUGACAAAAGUGAAGAAGAAAAACCUCAAUCCAAGGUGGAAUGAAAGUUUUCUGUUCGAAGGUUGGCCUCAUAAUAAAUUGUUAGAGAAGACAAUAUAUCUACAAGUUAUAGACUAUGACCGAUUUAGUCGUGAUGAUCCUAUCGGUGAAACUUACAUUCCCCUUAAUGAAGUAGAUCUUUCACAGUCUCCUACGAUGUGGCGGUACCUUCAGCCAUGCAAGGACAGCAGGGGAAAACUGGGAGAAAUUCUACUGUCAUUAAGCUACCAGCCCGCUGUAGGAAGAUUGAAUAUUAUAGUAAUGAAAUGCAAAGAUCUCAAAGCCAAAGACAUAACGGGAGCAUCAGAUCCCUACGUCAAGCUCUGGUUAAAGUUCGGAAACAACAGAAUAGAAAAGAAGAAAACAUCAAUUAAAAUGCGAACUCUUAAUCCAGUGUACAAUGAGUCGUUCUUUUUUGAAAUUCCUUGGGAAAAGAUCCGGGAAGCUGCAAUAGAAGUGAUUGUGAUGGACUUCGAUAAAGUUGGAAGGAACGAAAUGAUAGGGAAAAUUGUGUUAAGCAGCAAGAGUGGUCCCCUGGAAACAAGACAUUGGAACGAUAUGAUUACAAAGCCUCGCCAACAAGUAGCACAGUGGCAUUUGCUUAAGGACUGACAAAGGCUAAGGCUUAGAAUAUUUUAAAUUUUUGGUUUAACAAAAUAAAGAACAUUGUGUUUUGUUGAUAGAAUAUUUAACAUUGCAAAUUUUGUAAGAUAUUGUCCUUUUAUAUGAUUAGUGAUUUGUGUUCUGUAAAAUUUGUUUUGAAUAUCAAGAUCUCACAAGAUGUGUUACAAAGAUGGCGACGUUGUCGAAGAUGACGUAAUAUAAUACAAUCUUUCAUCUAUGUGUUUCAUUAUAUUGUUUUGAAAAGUAUAUUUAAUAAAUUCUUAAACUCUU